AUGGGCGGCAGCAUUUCGCAAGAGCAGAUGAACGACUACCGGGAGGUGGUGAAGGAUCGCCUCUCCGAGGAAGCCAUCGCGUUCCUUCACACGCGCUUUAUGAAGGCAGCGCCUGACGGUGUCAUGACCCCUCUCCUCUUCAAGCAGUACAUCGAGGGCGUCGAUGUGUUCAAGGAUCGCAAAAUACGGGAGGAGGAGCGCAAGCGUCACCAACCAGGCAUCUUUGAUAAACUUAGCAACAGUAGCAGCAACGGUAGCAGGAAAGCAAAGGGGAAGGCGGCGGCGGAGGCGGCUGCCGCAGAGGAUGGCAGUGACUACUACCGCCACCUCUUUCGCGGCUACGAUCUCGACAACGCUGGCAUCAUCACUUUCAAGAAGUUUUUGAUCUACCACGUUGCGAUCGUGUACAGCACGGAGGAUCUCUUCUACGUUAUCUUCAACACCUACGACGACGACGGCGAUGGCUGCUUGUCGUUGGGGGACAUGAAAUCCGUCAUCACGGCGGCAACGCGCUACGUAGGCGAUUACGACGUCGACGACCGUGAGGUGCGACGCGUGAUCGACGAAGAGGCGCGCCGUCUCAUGGGCUUCUUAGAUAUUCGCAAGCAGGGUUAUGUGCAGAUGGAGGACAUGCGCCUCCUCACGCAGAAGUACCCACAGGUGUUGGAGAAGAUGAAGUAUCUGAUGUGA